AUGGUUGAUGUAGAAAAGUUGAUCGAAGAAGUUCGAAAGUUUCCGUUCCUUUACGACCAAACCAGCGAAAAAUAUCGAAAUUCUGAGUAUAAAGAUAGAGUAUGGACUAAUAUCUCAACAACAUUAGGAGUCAAAGGUGGAAUAGAAGAAUGUAAAAAAAAGCGGUCUUCUGUCAGAGAUCAGUUCCGUAGAACUCUACAAAAAAGGAAGACAGCAUCUGGACAGGCUGCAGUGAAUUACCGAAAGUAUAAGUAUGAAGAUAUUCUUGAGUUUCUUUUACCACACAUUUCAGAACGCGACACAUUAUCCAACGUGGAUAAUUUUGAAGAGGAUCAAAAUAAUGAAAUGGAAAUUACUAAUAGUGAAGCUCCGGAAGAAUUCAGUGGACAAACAUGUAAGCCACAGAAUGACAGAGACAGAAGCAAUAAAUCAAUAACUGAAAUUCAAAAUAAUUUCACUGAUUCUGUAGACGAUACUCUUAGAUCUACAACAGAAACUUUAGCCAAAGCAUCUAGUUCAUCUGUGAAGAAAAAUGCAUUUAGACCUCCACUCAAACGAAAAAUGAUUCAUGAAGGAAAAUCUAUAGAUUCUCCAGCAAGCCAGCUAAUGGCAUUUAUGUUAGCUGAGAAGGAAGAAGAAAAUAAAAAAUCUAAAAAAGAAGUCGAAUCUACAGUUAAGCAUCCAAUUGAUGCUUUUUUGAGUGGAAUACUGAAACAAACUGAAACAGCUGAAGCUAGUAGGAAAACGGCAUGGGCGGCACGGACGAGCUACGGACAAGUGUGUGUUCGUGAACGACGAACCGUGCAUCGAUCAACACUCGGCCGACACACGGUGCGGGUACGUUGCGGGCAUGUGUGUCCCGACCUUUAA